CAUGCUCUUGACUCCCGAUGAACUCAACCUCGAGCUUAUCAGAAAGGCUAAAAUUUUCCAUUACGGAUUGAUAAGCUUGAUCGUGGAGCCUUGCAGAUUGGCUCAUUUGAAGGCAAUGGAGGUGGCAAAGGAUGCCGGUGCCCUGCUCUCUUAUGAUCCCAACCUCCGGCUGCCACUGUGGCCAUCAGAGAAGGAGGCGCGUGAGCAAAUCAUGAGCAUCUGGGACAAGGCAGAGGUGAUCAAGGGUUGCAAAUAUUACACUAAGAAUUUCCGUGGAUGUGUGGAUGGAUUCCCUGUCAAAGCAGUGGAUACAACUGGUGCCGGUGACUCGUUUGUUGGUGCUCUCCUAUGCAAGAUUGUUGAUGACCGAUCUGUACUUGAGGAUGAAGAAAAGUUGAAGGCAGUACUGAAAUAUGCAAAUGCAUGUGGAGCCAUCACAACCACCAAAAAAGGAGCCAUCCCUGCUCUUCCUACUGAAUCUGAAGUCCUCGCUUUUGUUAAGGGCAAAUAGGAAGGGAAAAAAAUAAGGACUCAAAUGUUUGCCAAUUGUUUCAUUUCUUGCCCUUUGCUUUUCUUUUUCUUUUUUACUUAGUUUUGUUUUUUUAGGAGCUUGUUUGCAAUUGAGGAAUCGAAGUAGGUUAGUUUGAUCUCUUUGAUUGAAUUCUCUUCUUCAUGGUUGUAAUGACGAAUGACUUUGCUUUAUGGUGAUUAAAUAAUAAGUUGUUUGCCUACUGGUUGACAUGCGCCGUUCA